CUCUUCAUUGCAUAUGGAGCCCUCAUGUCAAUGGCUCUCGUUCCCAUCUAUGUGGGUUCUAUCGCCUCUCUCAAGACAAUGAAACGACCCGAAAACGCACAGAAGUCCAAGAAAUCUCUCUCUCCUCUCGAUGACUCGGAUGAUGAAGAUGUUGGUGCAGACACACUUACAACCAACGAUGCUUUGAUGUUCCCCAUCAUCGCUUCCGGUGUUCUCUUUUCGCUUUACAUGAUGUAUCGUUAUUUGGACGAACGUUACCUGAACUACGGUAUUACCGCCUAUUUCUCAAUUGUUGGUUGUGCAGCCAUGACAAAAACAGGUUUGAUGGUAGCAAAGGCUGUAACUCCCCUCAGCCUCUUGAAGAAUGUUGACAAGUAUAAGGUUUCUUUGAGCAAGGGAGGAAAACGCUUGAACCAUCUCAGCUUCACUGUGGUCCACAUUGGUCUUGCUGUCCUUUCUAUUUUAAUGACCAUCUACUAUGGCAUCACAAAGAACUGGGUGGCUUCCAAUCUUUUUGGUCUUUCUUUCUCAGUCAAUGCUCUUACCUUGUUGUCCCUGGGAUCAUUCACCACCGGCAUGAGCCUUUUGGCUGGUCUGUUCUUUUAUGAUAUCUUUUGGGUGUUUGGCACAGAUGUCAUGGUGAGUGUUGCCAAGAACUUUGAUGCCCCUAUCAAGGUACUCUGGCCCAGAGAUGCCAUCGCCUACUUCCUGGGUGAUCCUACCGCCAUUGGAUUCACUAUGCUUGGAUUAGGUGAUAUUGUUAUUCCUGGUGCUUUUGUUGCUCUUUGCCUCCAUUUUGAUCGCCACAUGGCCUGGAAGCGUAAUCCCGUCGGUGAUUUCCGUUCCACUGAUUUCCCCAAGCCAUACUUCAUUGCCUGCUUCGUAGCUUACAUUGCCGGUCUGGCAACCACCAUGGCUGUCAUGCAUAUUUUCCAUGCUGCUCAGCCUGCCCUGCUUUACCUUUCACCUGCCUGUAUCAUUUCUGCUUUACUGACUGCUGCUGUACGUGGUGAAAUCAAAGAACUCUUUAGCUUCUCGGACGAAGAGACUGAAGAAGAGAAGGAAAAGAAGUCAAAGACCAAGGAAGUCAAGGAGGCCAAGGAAGAAAAG